GAACCAGAAAUUAGCGUGCACAUAUGUAGCUAUAGCCAAAAUGUUUUACAUUGGGACGGCCUAAAUUGAAGCAAACCAGUUCUUCAUAAAGCCUUUGCGGAUCGCCAUUGUAUGAUAUUUAGGUAGCGAACGGGGCAGUGGUAGAGGGAAAUUCAAGCAGUGAGGCGUGGGAGCUUCGAUUCCGGAUCCACACGUACUCUUCAGUUGAGCAGCGGUUGAAACCGGGCUUCAUCUCGUCUCCCAUCAUCGAACAUAUCCGAAAUGGUGACAUUGUGGAUCGUGCCGUCCGAUGAGGAUUCUGCGAAACUAAGAAUAAUCAUGUCUAUGCAAUCAAGCACUUGCAAAACUCGGUCUUAUCCUAAAUUUCAUCCGCAUAUCACUCUCGCUGCUCCGCCUUCUUCCUCUCACUUAACCCUUGAACAACUCCGAGAGUCAAUAUCACACCAUCUUCCGUGUAAGAUACGAAUUGACUUCAAAUCAGUCAACACAGGAAACCACUUUUUCCGCUCUGUCUACAUAGCUGUACAACCUUCUCCUGACCUUGUCUCUCUCCAUAAAUGCAUUCACACCACUCUGGAUCUGGAACCUCGAACACCCUUGUUUCCUCAUCUAUCAUUGUGUUACAUUGCUGAUGAGGAUGACGCGGCAGGAAAAGAAAGACAAGAAUGGAGAAAUCAGCUGGAGACUUCUGGUAGGAUUCGCACCAUUGGUCCAGCCGGGGUUAGUAUAGAGGUCAAUUGCAGCAAAGAUGGAGCGGGCAAUGAUUGGAUUUCUGGGUUCGAUGCGUACGAAAUCUGGUUCGUCGACUGUAAUGGACCUGUAGAAUCAUGGGCGGUCUUGCAUAAACUUCGUCUCAUGCCUAACCCUUAGUUGGCUGCUUUCAAUGGAUACCAUGGCACACUAUGUAUAUCCUCAUUGUACUUUAAAUUGGUGUCACGAUAGGAACAUCAAAAAAUGGGGCGAAAGUUAGGCUUGUAUUAUUCAAGACCAUAUUUUCCUGUAGGACAUGCGGCCACCUUCGAAUGAUCUGGCUCUA